AUGUAGAAGUUAAGAGAAGAUGAUGAAUUUAAAUAAUUACUCAAAAAGGAUUAGCAAACAUCUCUCAAACAAAUAUAAGGAGACAACUAUAUGCCUGAACCUAAAAGAGGAGAUUCAAGAUUGCCAAGAGUUAAGGACAAUCUAAAGGAAACAAACACACAUCUGACUGAACAGAAAAGAAUUAAUUCAGCAAUAAAAUCUCUAGAAGUUAAAGAUGAGUCUUCAAAAGCUGUUAUUAAGAAUGCAUUGAAAGAGGAAUUCUUUCUUAUGAAAAAGUUAUCUGAAGAAAAUGCCAAGAUGGAAGAGGAAAUCAAAGUUAAAAAGAGAAAGAAAGAGUUGAAAGACAUAUUCAAAUAAAUUGAAGAAAUGGAUAUAUAACCAGAUGAUUAAAAUGCAGAAGUACACAUCCCAUUAUUAUUCUAUUAGCAAAUCCCUUAUUUUAAUAAAUUAUCAAUGGAAGAGAAAUAUGAAAGAAUUGCUGAUUGGAACAAAAGAUACGAAGUCUUAGGGAAGGUUGAUCCUUAUCUUUUGCAAAGAGCUAGGACCAGUCAAAACAUAGAGAAUUUUAUUUAUACUAAUUUGGAAGAUGGUUAAAAAUACUUUGAUUAGGUUAAAAUAAAAGGAGGUGUUUCAAUAGGUGAGAUACUGACAAAUAAAGCUUGUACUGUAGUUUGGAUUUACAUUAAUUUCUUAGAGAAUUUGGAUAAGAAAGAAUAGAAUGAAUAUCUGGAUAAAUUAAAUAAGAAUUCUAAAUAGUUGAGUUGGAAAAUGUGUUAAGAUUUGGGAUUGAAGUAUGGACCAGAUAUAAGAUUCUCCUUGAGUAAAAGAGAGGAGAAGGAAAAUGAAGUGAAGAAGGAGUUGGAUGAAAAUGCAAAGGAAUUAGUUAAACAAGACUUGAUUGAAAAAUACUAAGCAGGUGAAAUACCUAGAAAAAUCAAAAAAUCCAAAUUCAAUGAAAUUGUUUAAGAAUUUAAAGAAAAGAAAAUUUAUCUCACUGGAAAAAUUUCAAAUUCUGAAAUACCAUCAACCAAAAGUAAAGCUGACGAAAAGGAAAUCCAUGGCAAGAAGGGCAAUUUGAAUCAAAAAACUGCAGCUGAAAAGUUUUGGGACUAACUCUGA